GCCAAGCCCUCUCGAACCUAAUUCCGUACGACCACAAAUACUUCUCUUCGCGUCUUCUUUCUCCUCACACAUCUAAACUUCACUCAACUCACGCACAACCGAAGUAGCAUCAACGGAAAAAAGAAAGAAACACAGAGGAACGGUGCAUCGCGGUAAGAUAAGAGCAGAAACUUUAAAAAGAAAAACCCCAAAAAAGCAGACACACUUGAGAGACAGUGUGAGAGAGAGAGGUCUUGUUCUGUUCCGCACUGAAUUUGCCGUGUUGUCUGGGGACGAAGAAGAAGGGAUCUUCUUGCCCAAACUGUCUUCUCUGGCAGUCUCCAUGAUGUCAAAUCUGGGAGACCCUGCGCGUUUGCGCUCUGGGGCCUCGGAAGGGAUGCAACACCAUCUCGCCGUCUCGCCGUCGGCAGCGGCACAGGGUGACUUCGGCAAUGCUUUGUACGCGCCCCAUCACCAGCUCCCGAAUCACCUCCAAAGUAGCCAAUUCCUCUACGGCAAUGGCGAUCUCGCAGCCCUCCAAUCCUCGCAGUACCCCGCCACAGACCUUUUCGGCCAUAGCGAUCUCCAUUGGCAACCCCAGCAUCAGCAGCAGUCGUUGCAACUGCAACUACAGCAGCACCACCAGCAGCAGCAACACCAGCAACACCAGCAGCAGCAGCAGCAACACCAGCACCGGCAACAACACCAACAACACCAGCACCAGAACCAGCCCAUGCUCCAGCAUCUCCAACACCAUCCGCUCGCGGCUCAGAAUUUCCAGCCUCAACAGCAGCAAUUCAGCCAGACCGCCACGCCGUUGCCGGAACAUCAUACCUACCAGCAGUUUGGAAACCAAUUGGCCUGGCAAUCGACCGUCGGCGGUGUUAGCGAUUCUGUCGCUGCUGUCGCGUUCCCGCAGCAGCACGAGAGCAUCAGCUUGCCAACUCGGAUUUCGUCCCCUUUCGUGAACGGCACGCCUGCCCCCAGCAAUGAUCUACCAGUCGCUCAGUCGAAUACUUUCUCGCACACAACGCAGCAAGAGCCUCGAUUACAACAGGACAGCCAGAUGGUUGAUUACGCAAAUUCACCGCAACCCCGCACGGUUGGCGCGAUCGCGGCGACGGUCACGAUGCUUGGCGGUACUCCAUACGUGAGCGUUCACAACAGCGAUGAAUUCCCCGAUACAUUUGCUGCCAUCGAAGCGAUGGGUUAUCUAGGACUACCAGAGCCAGUGGCACCAGCAACGACAACCGCUUUCGCGAACAAAAAGCCUAGACUCUCUACCCCCGUUUCGGUACCUUCACCCGCUGCAACAGCGUCACCGGCUCCGGCUACCCCUGUUCCCGCUCCUGCUCCCGCCCCUGCUCCCGCUGUCAACAACGCCGUCACCACUAAAGCCGCUCCAAAACCAGCUGCUCCUGCCCCAACUCCAAAGAGCAAGGUGCCCACAGAACCCGCCGCAAGACUAAGGUACCUUCUUACGGAAUGCCUCGAAGAGGAGGAGGAGGAAGCUCGUGACCUCGCUUUGAAAGCGUGGGGAAUUGUGUCAGAAAUCACCCCAGAGCAGACCGAAUUGGUCACGCUCGCUGUGAACACAAUCUUGAAGACUGCCGAUGACCAGACACUCGUAUGCAUGGGCAAGAUCUUGCAGUUUACUAUGAGGCUCCGAAAGUGGAUCGUUCACGAGCAUAACAAAGAAAAGAAGAGUCCUUUAAUACCGAAAAUGCUCAAGCUUCUCUCACAGAUCCGCCUACCGCUUGACAUGUACGAGAAACAGCAAUGGGAGAAAGUGCUCAACAACAUUCAAAGAAAAUCCGAACUCGACAAAUCCCGAGAGUUCGCUAACCAAAUCAUGACCCGCUUCCAACACCUUGAUCGAGAUAGGUCUCGUACUGAGCGCGAUGCGAAGAAGGCUGCAGGUACUAAUAAUGCCGAUAAACCAAAGACAGUGGCAUCUUCUGGGGUGGUGAAGAAGGAUGCGAGUAGUAGUCUUAAUGCUGGUGUCAAGAGGACCAUCGAUGAGGUUGGAAAGGGUCCGCCAACGAGUGCUGCGAAGAAGGUCUCAAUUGGCGAUGUGCGGAAUCCAAUGCCAAAUCCCAAUCCUCCUCCUAAAUCUGCGGCACCCUCUGUGCCCGCGAGAAAUGGACCAUCUUCCAGCGUUGGUGAAAAGAAGUCUGCAACUACGUCAAGUGUGGGAAUAUCCACCACCGGCCCACCACCAACAAGCACGACGGCUACGGCCACCGCGAAGAAGCCGGCGAGCUCGGGGUUCUUCAAAUCCCUGAGCAAACCGGCUGAGGCUGCAAAGGCCCCCACAAAGGUGCCGGAGAAAAAGGCACCUACCCCCGCGCCAGCAGCUUCGACUACUUCGUUCACGAGUAUAUUCGCCCAGUUGCAACAGAGGCAGAAGGAACAGGACCGCGAGAAAAAGGAUGCCGCAAACAAGGCUGCCGACGCCGCUAAGAUCACGGAAGAGGACAAGAAGAAGAAGAAGAAGUCCGUGAAGUGGAAGACAGGUGACGAUCUUGUUAAGGUACAGAUCAUUGAGUGGUUAGAACCCGAGGGCGAGUACUACGGCGGCGGAAGCGGUAUGGCCCAAUGGGGUGAUUCCGCGGGCGAGGGGGAGGCCCUUAAGAACCGAGACUUCAUCGAGGAGGAGGAGGACCUGAGGGAAUGGUACCAGCCGAAACUUAUCGAUUUCGAGUCCCUGUAUCGGAGGACACCCAAGCUGAAGGAGAACCCGGAGAAGCGUGGAGGUCAGACCGUCAUCGAGACGGAGGAAGCCAAAGUGCAGAAGCAGCGUGAGCUUGUUACUCUCGCCACUUUCUACAGUUCGCCGAGAGAUAUUCCCACGUCACCAAUGGAACCCGACGAGAGUGUUGUCGUCUUGCAAGAGGCACCCACGGAGAUUCCUCUUCCUGACGAUGUGAAGCUACGUCUCGGUAUGCCGAUUGCGUCUGCCGUGCCUGCUCCUGCCGCCAUGGCUGUACCUGCCGCCAUAUCUCAGAACGAUCUGUCUAUGAUGUUUUCCGCGCUGCAGCAACAGCCGCAACAGGCUCAGGUCAACCCGGCCCAGAACCUCAUGGCCACGCUUCAGGCAUUUGGGCAGAUGCAGAACUCGCCGCAACAGCCACAGCCCCAGCAGCAAGCCAUGCCAGCUGCCAUGCCAGCUGCCGCGCCCCAGUUGGACAUCGCAGCACUGAUCUCGAUGAUCGGUGGCCAGGCCCAGCCUCAACAGCAGCAGUUCCAACAGCAACCCACGAACUUCCUGCAAAACUUCCUCCAGCCACAGGUACAGGCGGGACAGGAUCCUAACGCUGCUGUGGCCGGCCUCCUCUCGCAGUUGACCACUGGUCUUGCUGCCGCCAACCCUCAAGCCGCAUUCGCUCAGCAGGGAUUGUUCGGACUCUUCCCGCAGCAGCAGCAGCAGCCUCAGCAGGGCCAACAAUUCCAGCAGCAGCAGCAGCAACAGCCGCCUACCACCCCCAAGGCGUGGAAUGAAGGUUUCAACAACAACCAGGCUGGUUACACGGCCCAGCAGGACGAGAGGAACUCUGCGCGCGAUGUCCGCCGCGAACUCCGCGAUGCUGUUGGCUGGAGUGAUAACGAUGCGAAGGAGAACGGGCCCCCGCCGCAGCAACAGCAACAGCAACAGCAACAGCAACAGCAACAGCAACAGCAACAGCAACAGCAGCAGCAGCAGCAGCAGCACCAGGGCGGAAACGGCACCGGUGGUGGUAAAUGGGGUAAGAAAAAUAAGAAGGAUAAGAAGAAGAACCAGGCGGAUACUAAGAACACCGUCCUCUGUCUUUUCUAUCAGAAGGGAAACUGCAAGCACGGCGAUAGCUGCAGGUUCUCUCAUGAUCCGUCUCUCAGUGCCAGCAGCAACAGCGGCGGAAACGCAGCUACGGGCGGCAAUGCCAAUGGAAACAACAACAACCAUGGCAAUGGCAACAACAACGGCGGAGGAAACAACAAUGGAGGAGGAGGAGGCGGCGGCGGUGGCGGUGGAGGCGGCGGCGGCUGGAAGUCCAAGAAGCGCCAUGGCCAUGUCUCCCGCGGCGUAGACCAGGGAGCAAGCGCCAGCGCCGUGGGCUGGCCGGGAGCUGGAGAGCUGGAGUACUAGGCUACUGGUACUAGGAGGCCGAAACGAGGAGAAAAAAAAGUGCGGGCGUUCGUUUUGUGUUUCAUUUCAUUUUUAAUCUUCUAUGA